AUGAGAGAUGCUGGUUCCAGCUGGGCCGAGAUUGCAAAGACCUUUCCCACAAGAACAGAAGGAAGCGUUAAGAAGCAUUGGUACAAGGAUAUGCACUACGCCGAGUUCGCCGAAGACGAGAGCCAAGCCUUGAUGAACGCCAUCAAAGAAUACGAGAAUAACAAGUGGAAAGUCAUUGGUCAGAAAGUUGGCAAACCAGCCAAGGUCCGUGCUAUUUACACCUCAACCCUCCGUUCUGGUUGA